AAGGGCCACUGACCGCUGCCCUUAGACCACUUCCUGGGGGGUGGAGAGGACCUCAGUUGCUGCUGCGACAACCCAGGAAGGCGGUAACGCCCAAGUCCCGAGACUCCGGCUGUUGCCAACAGUCCUGGGAUACUCAGCUCUGACGGCGAGAGCAUCGUCUCUCUCCAGCCGUACAGAACGGCUCGUCACCGGCUCCCAUCAGUUGCGCCUCCAUCUGUAGGGAUCCGUGCCCCUAAGCCUGGUCGGGCCUCUGGGCAGGUUGUCGGAACCCGGCGUGGACUCACUCGCCUACUGCAAAAGCUAUCUACUAAGAAACUCAAAAGUUGAGCCCUUUGAGUCCAGCCGGUGCUCGCCACCGUCACCUGCUGGUUGAAUUCCGGAAACCCACUGUCUGAAGAACAGAAGGGAAUCGCUGACCACGCAGAAUCAGAAUCGUCUGGACCAAAAGCUCCCUGACCCUGCCUUCUCUUCUUUUCGUCGAUUCUUUCAUCCUUUCGGGAAUUUCUGUGUCCUGAAGCCCCCAAUCGCCACCAAGGUAGCUGGGGUGAGCUACAAACUUUGCUAUCUUGUUCUCCAACCUCUGUCUCCAACGUAGCGAGCCUAAACGUUUCCACCCAAUUCUUCCCAAACCGGGGAGGUUCUGCCUUUUUCUUCUCCUUGCCUGUCUCCUACAAUUCCCAAAAUUUCCCCCCCUCCUGUGUCUUCUUCACCCCCUUCUUUUGGGGGCCCCGUGACCCUAAAUGUGGGGGGAACACUAUAUUCCACUACAUUGGAGACCCUGACACGCUUCCCAGACUCCAUGCUGGGGGCCAUGUUUAGGGCUGACACCCUUAUGCCAGCCAAUCUCAACCCGCAAGGAGAUGGCCAUUACUUCAUCGACAGAGAUGGCAAGGCUUUCCGGCACAUCCUCAAUUUCUUGCGACUGGGCCGUCUGGACCUGCCCCGUGGAUAUGGAGAAACGGCACUUCUUAAGGCAGAAGCUGACUUCUACCAGAUCCGGCCCCUCCUGGAUGCCCUGCGGGAAUUGGAAGCUUCUCGGGGUACCCCAGCACCCAGAGCUGCCCUGCUCCAUGCAGACAUAGAUGUCAACCCUCGUCUGGUGCAUUUCUCUGCUCGAAGGGGCCCACACCACUAUGAGCUGAGCUCUGUCCAGGUGGACACCUUCCGAGCCAACCUCUUCUGUACUGACCCUGAGUGUCUGGGUGCCAUGCGCAACCGAUUUGGUGUGGCCAGUGGGGACAGGGCAGAGAGUGGUCCACAUUUUCGUCUAGAGUGGGCCUCCCGCCCCCGGGAACUUCCUGAAGUGGAGUAUGAAAGAUUGGGGCUGCAACCACUGUGGACUGGGGGGCCAGAAAAUCAGCGGGAGGUGGCGAACACACCUGCUUUCCUGGAGGAGGUGCUGAGGGUGGCUCUGGAACAUGGCUUCCGCCUGGACUCUGUCUUCCCAGACCCCGAAGACCUGCUGAACUCUAGAUCUUUACGCUUUGUCCGCCACUGAGAAUGCUAUCCUUCACUUGACUGCGGAGAGGGAGAGGAAUGCAUUAGGCAAGGGGCUGAUGGCUCUCCCAAAGCCUUCUUCUAAGUCCUGGGGUAGGAGCUAUGAGAGUCAGGGAUCCCACCACACCUGACUGGGAUUCCCAAAUCGAGCUGCUCCGACUCCCAGGCCUCGAGUGGUCCAGAAGAUCUACACUGGGGCUUACCCUGGGAAAGCAUCCACGGAUUUUCGAGCCCGUUCUUGCUUGAGGAUGGGUCCUCUGUAUUCAGGGGUGUGGGGAAGUAAGAAGCACCUCUUUGCCCGGGCUACACUUAGCACUCUGGAGGUUUGAGCACUAGGCGGAAAGACAUACUUUGAAUUGUCAAAUAUGGUCUGCCGGCUAGAUUGUGACUUCCCCUCGUGGAGCUGGGCACUUACUUAUCCUACCAUGACCAUUAAGAGGCUAGGAUGGCCGGGCGGUGGUGGCGCAAGCCUUUAAUCCCAGCACUUGGGAGGCAGAGGCGGAUCUCUGUGAGUUCAAGACCAGCCUGGUCUACAAGAGCUAGUUCCAGGACAGGCUCCAAAACCACAGAGAAACCCUGUCUUGAAAAAGCAAAAAAAAAAAAAAAAAAAAAAAAGAGGCUAGGAUGUCUGGGAGAUUUUUUUACUGUGUCCCAAGCCACCUACUGUAGGAGACUGAAAAACAGAAAUUUCAUCCUAGGUUGACAAAAGGGGGCUAGGAAAAUCCUUGUCAGCACGGGGGCUAGAGUGCCCUUCUGGAAUUGUUUUAGAGGAUGCUCUAUGUAAGUGGGGCUGGACAUGGGGAAAGAUGGUAGUAUUUUUUUGUACCCUGGGCUUCUUUCAUGUGUGUGUGUGUGUGACAGCCAAUGUAUCCGACUGCUUGGGCCCCUGACAUCUUGAUUCCCAUCAGUGUUGCCGACUCCUGCGUUUAUGUGAUGGUCCUUCUGUGAUCUUGGCAUGUCCAGGCCUGUUUGGGGUUGCUUAGCAACUCUCCAGGCUCAGGUAUAUCUGUGGUAUGUGUGAGAGCAGACUGAGAUUUAGUUUAAUCAUAGGGUGUGUGCAUGUUUGCGUGUGUGUUUAUGCCCACACCACCACGUAGGCAGGAGGGGCUCCUUUGAGUUUGACUCACUGGGCCCUCCCUAGGAGAGGUAAAAGCCACUGGGCUUAGCUGGGCCUCUGAGACCUCCGGGAGCUCUUGGUUGCUGAGACAACCAUGAGUCUGUUGCUAGGAAAUAGCGGGGUAAGGCCUAAGGCUGUCCUGGGCAGACAGGAGACAAAGAGGGAGGAGAAUGGAGAGGAUAUAGAAAGGGCUAGCAUUUCUGAGUCCCCGAGUAGAUGGGGCACACACACACAUCGUCUUCGCUGGGAUUCAUCUAUCACUGUGACUUAAAA